AUGGAUGAGAGUCCAACCCCUCUCGAGUCCACUGGAAGAGGGUCCCAUGUUUCCUCUUCUGGCUCCAGGGGAGGGCCCCGGUCACCCGUGUCCGGGCAGGGGAAACGAGACUUGCAGGAUCCUCAAAUCAGCUCCAUGAAUUCCUCGUCUUACAGCUAUAAUGUGUCCAGUAGUCUAAGUUAUCGAGAUGCUUCAAGCACAGCUGUGGUCAAAAAUGUGAUUGUUGUGGCUCUUGGUCUUAUCAUCAACUAUAUCAAUGGUACCCUGAUUCACACCUUCAGAAAAAACCAGAUAUUUUAUGUGAAUCCUCGUUACAUCUUAUUCAUCCACCUGGUGUUGAAUGAUAUAAUCCAGCUCACUACAACAAUCAGUCUGUUUGUCCUUAGUUAUGCCUUCUACAGAUUUAAUGCUUCUGUCUGUUGCCUCAUUAUUACACUUGCUAUUUUCACCACCCUCAACACCCCAUUAAAUUUAGCAGUCAUGGCAGUGGAGUGCUACAUUGCUAUUUGUUUACCACUGCGACAUGCUGAGCUCUGUACAAUCAAAAGGACAUAUAUUCUGAUUGGUUGGAUCUGGGCCAUGAGUGCAGCUUCAACACUGCCAGAUGUGUUUAUUUUGCUUGCAACAGAGCCUUUACGGUUAUUCUAUUCUACAAUUUUCUGUGAGAGAGAUAACUUAUUCCAUCACCCUAUAAGUUUAGAUAAGAGGGAUGUGUCAUACAUAAUUUUCCUUAUUGGUGUUUGGCUCACUCUCUUCUACACUUACUUUAAGAUUUUCUUUACUGCUAAAGCAGCUAAAGAAGCUAAAUCAUCUGGUGGGGAUGCAAAGAAGGCCAGGAAUACAAUACUGCUGCAUGGCUUUCAGCUAAUCUUGUGCAUGCUAACCUUUGUAGCCCAUGUGUUGAAAAAGGCCCUAUUGUACUGGUUUCCUAAAUAUUAUGCACACGCGCUCUUUGCUUGCUACAUCAUAAUUCAGAUGCUCCCCAGGUUUAUCAGUCCUAUUGUGUACGGGCUACGAGACAAGACUUUUAGACAUCACUUGAAAAAAUACUUGCUUUGUUCAAUAGGACCAGAACUCCCCUACUGGUUCCUGUAUGCACAUGCCACACCACUGACUCCAGAAGUGAAGACAUAUCUGCUCUACAAGAAAAGCAAAGGGGAAUCCAGAUGUAGCUCCAUCAACUGA